GGAAACACCAAGGAGCAAACCGCCACCCUGUCGCUAACUGGAUCAGAUGCAGGCAAUGAGUGCAGAUUCAAGGAUGCCAGAGCCCAGUCUGGAAAACCUUGGCGUUCCUGCAGGCCGCAGGAGAAACCACCAAAACUUUGGGGCUCUUGAGAAGUUUGCUCAAAAUAUGGCAGAGAACAUAAUCCAGUCUUUUAUAAACCAAAUGGAAAUGGUGAAACCAGAGGUGUCCGGUUCUAAUCGAGACCAGGAGACGUUAGCUGAGGAGUUAGCGUCAGCAGUGAUUGAGAUCGCUCUGAGGGAAGUCUGCGGUGGUUGCGAUGUGGAGGGUUUCCAGAGUUCAAGAUCAGCUGGGGUAAAGAUGGAUGAUGAACAGGCUGAGAACGCGGCUUUCUUAGAUGAAUCUGGAAGAGAAAGAGACUUUUUGACCAUGGACACAGAGAUGGAUCCAGUUAGUGAACUGCACACCUCUAAAGACAUCCAGCCCUACCACCCGCCUCUGUCCCACUCAGGACUCCCCGUCGUGGGAUCUCUCGACUACCCCGACGCCCCUCCGACCACCCCGCUCCUCCCCGAGCUCGAGAGGAGCAGACACAGUUUCGCCCGGAAGCUGAAAGGAGGCUUGGCGAAGGUUUUCCUGCCCUCACCUCCUCCGCCAACGCCGAAGGACAAAGAGGACGAUGUUGGCUCUGUCAACAGCCACCGGGUGGAGUUAAUGGAACACUUGAUGCACUCACUGACCACGGAUGAUCUGGCAAGAGAUUCCUUUGAAGUCGGGGCUCAGCAUGGAGCCACGAUGGAGGCUUUUGCAGAGGCUCUUUCAUGUAACAUCAUAGACUGGGUCUUGAGCAGCAAAAACAGAGAGCAGAUAGCAGGCGAUAGCGAUCUUCAUCUACUAGCCCACCAACUGGCUGAGACCAUCAUCACCUCCUCCCUCGAUGAAGCCAAAAUGACUGUCUAGAGUUUAAAUGUGAUAAACAGGAUCAUAUUUGUGAUGAUUGGCAUGUACACUCACACACAAGAGAACAACAAUAUUGAUAUCCACCCGUGUUACCUUCAGGCUCACGACCACUGCCUGACCUUUUCAGUGCAGUGUGGUUUACUGCAAUAAUAAUAAUAAUCUGAAGUUAAUUUAUUUCUCAAUAAAAGAUCAUCCAGAUGAAUAUGUUAAUCCUAUUUUUGUUGGAAAAGUAAUGCACACCAAGGGUUGGGAUGAAGUGCUGAUCACUGGAUACAGAGUUAAGAAAGUGUCACACACUCUGGCUCCGUACGUGUUUUUCUUUUAUCGAGACAGAUGAGGUUUUGGCCCUCCUAAAGAUCUUCAAGGAGGAAAACACAAAUGGAGCCAGAUUGUGCGACACUUUAUUAUCUUCUGCUCUUUAAUCCUAAAACAUCAGCCAUUUAUGGUUUUAAUUCCCAGAUGGAUAAAAAAAGUGCUCAUGGAUGUGAAUGCAAAUUUUGACUGGGCUCCAACAGUAAGUGCCAUACAUGUCCUUUAGAUGGCAGCACAAGAGCAAUGUUCCUGAGUCUUUUCAGCAGGAGGUCAGCAAGGUUAACCUAAAUUAAAGUACCUGACAACAACUGGAGUUAAUUCAGCUUUACAAUAUAUGAAAAAAAGGUUGUUUUUCUAUAAAUAUGCAUAUCAUAUUGUGGAAGUUUUAAUUGUCUCUGUGCAUUGUUAAUAACUUGUUUUUUUAUUUGCUUCAUUGGUAAGGUUUUAAUCCCAGUGCAGCUACAUUCAAUACCUAGAAUAAAGACUUUAUUUUUGGACAAGUA